AUGGCCGCUCUCUGGUUCAUUCUCCUCCUUCCACUCAUCACAUUGGGCGAAUCUCGGCCAACAAGUGGAAUCAACCAAACUGAUCUGCAGACUGCCAUGGCUGACAUGAGAGCAAGAUAUUACCAUGGAUUUGUAAUCCUCCUCAAAAUCCUCAACAUGCCCAAUUCCCUGCAAACCACUGAUCUAACGUUCCUCAUGCCAAGUGAUGAAGAAUUAUCCCAAUUCUCAAUCACUGCAGGCCAUCUCCAAGAUUUCACUCAUUCUAUUCCAACACCACUAGUCAUCAAUCAACUGCUACGUUUUCCCAACGGAUCUCUGCUCCCUUCCAGCGUUCCAAACAGGAUGAUCAGCAUCACCAACAGUAGAUCAGGCGUGUUUCUUGACAAUGCAAGGAUUGUCACACCCAAUGCCUGCAUCAGUUCUUCCAUGAGGUGCCAUGGGAUCAGUGCUGCUUUAGAAUUUAACAUGAUGAUUCCAGAUCACCAAGCUUUACGUUUUAAGGGCACUGCAAAGAAAAACGUGAUGCCAAAACCAACCUCCACUGUCAAGCACAAGAAGAAUGGUACUCCUAGGUUGUAAUGUUGUGUCAGUGUCAUUCAUAAUAAAACAUCAGCCCUACUUUUUCUGCAGCUAUGAUGUAUCUGGCCAUGAGCCUAUUGAUGCAACUUAGAAAUAUAUGGAA